UGAACUUUUUGUUUGGGUCAUUAAAUAUGUACAUGCCAAAAUUUUUCUUCCCUUGUUUUCCCUUAUUUUAGCAGUUUGGCAUGUGCUCCAGAGGAAGUCAAAUGGAUUGGACUCCUUCAGAUUCCACCUGUGUGAAACUCUAUCUGUGCUCCAACCCAGAGGAUAGCGUGGUGGAGCGCAGAGCUCUGAGGGAAAGUGUGUUCCCAAAACUUAGAGAGCACUGUAGACACACACUGGGACUGGAUGUCAGGGUGAUAGACCCAUUUGAGUCCAGUGAUCCCAGUCGUUGGCCAGAUGAAAACACGAGACAGCAGCUGAUUACAGAAUGCAGAAAGAGCUCCGCAGGACCUUUUUUACUGGCCUUGGUAGGACAUCAGUAUGGUGCAGCCAGUUUACCCGCCCAGGUGGAGGUGUCAGAGUACCAGCUGCUGCUGCAGGAGAGCCAGCGAGCGGGUGUCAGCACCGAGGAGCUGGAGAGAGUGUACCAGAGGGAUGAGAACACCAUCCCUCCCUCCUACUGCCUGAGACCUCCACACACACACACCUGCUGUCCUCAGCAGGCAGAGGUUAAGGAGGACAAGGAGAUGGCUAUAGAGUCUAAAGAAGAUCUGAGGAAGGUGUUUCAGUCUGCUGUGAGUCUGUGUGUCCACAACGGCCUCAUGUGCCCAGAGAGAGCUCAGAGCUACUACAGAUCAGCCCUCGAUGCAGAUUUGCGAUUUGCUCUGGACAGCUGUCCUGAUAAAGGCGCCAUCAGACGCUGUCUGAUUUACAUCCACAGAGUCCUCAACGCAAAAAGCACUAGAGAGAAAAUGAAGUCACAACCUGUGCCACAGUCAGAGGCUGCUACAUUCGACCUCAGCACAACGCCCUCCGAUGCACAAUUGCUCUCAGAGCUUUGUGACACCUUCCUCCCAGCUCUCAUCACAUCCUCCCACCUUCUAGUCUACGCCACCACCACAGAGUGUGACUGCCGCCAUGGUUACACAACAGCCAAGAGGCGGGGCUAUGUCGAGGCUCUGUGCCAGCAGGUGUACUCGAAACUUGUGGGGAUGAUUGACAGGUUGAGCAUCUCAGAAAGCUCUCAGCUUGGUAAUGCUUUGGCCAGAGAGCAGGCCGAGCAGGAUGAACUGUGUGACAUCCUGUCCACAUUUUAUGACGUCAGACGGCCAGAGGAGCAAAAGGUCAGAGCCUAUGUGGAGCAGAGGGAACAACAGAGCCCACUAGUGGUGACCGGAGGACCCUGCACCGGGAAGACUGUUCUGCUGGCACACUGUGCUCAGCAGAUAAAGUCUUGGCUGACGGACUGUGAUCCUGUGGUGAUCACUUAUUUUUGCAGCCUGUCAAUCAACCUGUCCCCGAGACACUUUUUGUCGAACCUGUGUUAUCAAAUUGCCGGUAGAUAUCACAGCGCAUCUUCUUCUGACCAGAAUCCCAGUGACCUGGAAGACCCCCACUGUAUCACAAACCCCAGAGUCUGCAAUUCCAACUGUAACCUGACGUCUAACAUUUGUCUGUCUGAGCUCAAAGAGCAUCUCUCAUCCCUCCUCUCUGUUAUGCCCUCUAACAAACAACCUCUAGUUCUCCUCCUCGAUGGCCUGGAUCACAUCGAAAACAACAUUAGACUUCACAUUAUAGAGAGCUUCCCGUCCCCGCUUCCUCCCAGCGUCAAACUCAUCCUCACAGUCUCCUCGAACCGAACACAAAUCCUGCAAGCCAUCAGCCCACAAAGAAGUCCACCUCAGUGUGUAUCAGAAAGCAGUGAGAAUCAGUCAGGAUAUGUGUGUGUUCAGCUGGGAUUGGUGGACAGGAAACAAUGUGUGAAGUUGUUGGCAUCACUGCUGAGCAGUUCAGGACGAAGGGUGACAUCAGGACAGCAGGUGCUGGUGAACCAGGCGCUGACUUCCUGUUGUCUGCCUCUAUAUGCUCGACUCCUGCACCUCCACACCUCGCUGUGGCACUCUGAUUCAGAUGUGAUAGAGUCGUCUCUCCCUGAUGGCGUCCAUUCAUCCAUUUCUGCACUGCUCAAUCACCUCGAGCAAAAACACGGCUCCUCUUUCGUUGCUCGUACUAUGUCCUACCUCACCCUCUCCAGGACCGGGCUCACUGAGGCCGAGCUCGCGGAUCUGCUGUCCAGUGAUGAUGAAGUGUUGGCUGAGUAUGACAGCUCGUCCUUCAAUUUAAGGGUCCCGCAAAUCGAUGUGGAGAGACUUCUGUUGGACUUGAGGAGGUUUCUCAUCAGGAGGACAGUUGCAGGGUCACAUGUUUUGUUCUGGGUGAGCAGGCAUUUUAAACUAGUGGUGGCUAAGAGGUACUUAGCCAACGGUAAGGUGAGGGGGAGUAUUCAUUUGUCAAUGGUGGACUAUUUCAGCAGUCAAUGGGCUGGCGGAGGUGCAAAACCACUUCUUGUAAAGCAGAAAUCUGGACCAAACAAGGACAUCGCCCAAAAAGAAGUAUACAUAGAUAGGCAGCCAUCCAGCCAGCCUUUUGUCUUCACCUCUUCUUCCAAAAAGGUUGCCCGAGUAAACUUGAGAAAGGUCUUAGAAUUGCCGCAUCACUUGCAAGAAAGCGACAAAUGUGGAGAGCUGGAGCAUGGGCUGUUAAUGUCUGUGAGGUUUCACCAGGCUAUGGUUCAAGAGGGACUCCUCGGAGAUCUGGUGGCUCUGUUGGCAAGUGAAGAAAGGUUAUCCAACUUGAGUUUGUCAAGAGAAAGAGCACUCCUAGCGAGCAUAUUGAAGACUUAUGCUUGCUUACUGCAGAGCUCACCCCUACAGCUGCACACAGUGAUGGAGACAAGCCUCCUUCCUUAUCUGGAGGUCUUUACUGCACUUGAGGGUUAUGUCAGAGAGAUCAGACAGGAGAGGAUGAACAGAGGAAGAGGAUUAGGAGUAGAGCUUUGCCCUGCUCCUUCCUCUGUUCCCUCCAUUCAGUGUUUAAAGUGUGAUGCCAAAACUAAAGAUGUCUCUGUUAUAGAAGCAGCUGCGGCAGAGUGUGGGGUUGUAGAAGAGAUCAUGGAUGACGGCACGGCUUGGAUUUGGAAAAGCUCCGGGUGUGAUGUCGUCAAACUAUCAUUGAGCUGCGAGCAGAAGGAGCUGAAGUUUGUAGGAGUGAAGAGCAGCGGUCAAUUCAUGCUACUUUCCACACAAUGCAACAAGCUUUUCUUGUGGGAAGUGACGGGCCAAGAGAUGUUUUUGCAGGUUGAGGACCCUUUGUCGGCGAGCAAAGUCGAAGGGUUUGUUGCAUGUCAGAAAAAGAUAUUCUUGUGGUGGAAGGAUGAGUGUCAUGUGAGUGUGUUUGACGUCUCCAGUGAGACCUUGACUCAUCUUCAGUGUCAAAGCUGCGUGACCUGUUUGGUUUGCUCCUUGAACAGCUUUUACAUGUACUGUGGACAGGAGGAAGGCACAGUGUCCAUAUUUGACACCGGCACCGGCAGCCUUCUCAGCACCUGUUCAAACUCAAACAAUAAAGCGGUUGUAUCAAUAAUCCUGCGUGAAGAUAAGUGGGAAAUGGCAUGUGUUGACAGGACAGGGAGCGUAACUGUUUGGGAUGUGGCGGCCAAAAGAAACUCACCCAGACUUCUCACAGAAAGCUUUACUGGGGAUGAAUCUAAUACCAUCCUCAAUAUAGAUUACUCACAUGAAAUCAACACUUUCCUGUUGUGUCAGUCUCACCAGGUUGCACUGUGGGACACGUGUGACUGGGAGUUGUGGGACCACUUCUUGGCUCCGCAGGGGAGGGCUUUUACUCAAGCUGUGCUCUCCCUGGAUGGUCACCUUAUCUUGGCUUUGUUAGACACCUGUCCCCUUGUCUUGGUGUGGCGGGUCAGCACAGGGGAGUGCGUUCUCUCUUUAGAAACAAACAAACAGCCUCGAACACUCCUCAAAACGGCCUCAGAUGUCGUUUGUGUCACUCAUGACGGCUGCCUGACAGUUUGGGACUCUGGGAUGAUAGAUGCUGCAGGUACAGCUCCAAAAAUGGGGUGUGGAGUGACAGGAGUGGUAGUUGAAAGCACAGGAGAGUGUUUCUACACACGUGAUGGCUCAGAGACUGUGUGGAAAUGGAGAUUAGAAACAGGACUCCCACAUGCUAUCUUCCUACACGACGGUCCCGUAGGUGAACUGCGCAUAUCCCCGGAUAACAUCCACCUUGUGACACUCUCAGCAGGGGAAAUAUACGUUUGGCAGACAGAAACAGGUCAGAAUAUCCUGCGAAUCAGAGGCAGCAGAGCCACAAACAUCCUGAUCACCCCUAACAGUAACUUCGGGGUGAGUAUUUCUGACCGAGGGUUGUCUCGGGUUUGGAGGCUGGCAAAUGGGAGCAUUGUGUGCAGCAUAAACCCAUACCUAUCUGAUGCCCAGGUGUCGCCUGAGAGCACUUUCCUUGUCGGCCUUCGUCGUGGAGACCUGUUAGCUGCCAGUCUGUGGUCGGGCUCGAUCAGUAAGCGUUUCUCCUGCGUGGAAAGCUCGGAGCAUGUUGUUGCUUUCCACAUGCUGUCAGAACACCCAGACUUUGUGGUGGUGAUGACCACCUCAGGAGCGGUGUACACCUGGAAAGUGGCGGAGGAGACGCUAUGUAGGCACUUCCAGCUGCCUCAUACGUUUCACUGUCAGCCACAAGUUUUCCAAAUGUCCUCUGAUGGGAGCUUUGCCCUGCUGUCCACUGAUAAUGAAGCCAUCAACCUCUUGGACUUAACCCAGGUCAGACUGUGCUCAUUCAAGGCUGAGGGUCCUGUCAUUCAAGCUUGUUUAGAUAAAACUGGAUGCUACGCUGCAUACAUAUCCCGUCCUGCCACCAGCCUGGAGAAAACCUGCGUCUGUUAUCUGCACGCGAGGCCAGUUCUGACAGUUUUACGACUCUCAGACGGGGAAAGAAUAGGAAGUGUGUGUCUGGCUAAGAAUCCAUUGACUCUGGCUGUGUGUGAGCAGCAGUGUGUGUUUGUGGGCUUUGAGGACGGGUCGGUAGGUGUGUAUUCAAUUUUAGAUGUCAAGAUCUAUGAGGAGGAGUCAGUCAGGUGCAGAAAGAGUUUGAAUGGUCGGUUGAAGCAAUGCCCCUUUGAUAGAGUGCCAUUGAGCUGGUUACCACUAGCAACCGCCAAUAUAACAUGGCCUUAAAGUUGGGA